UCCUCCACUGUGGUCAGUUGACUCUCUCUCUCUCUCUCUCUCUCUCUCAUCUUUUUUUUUUAUCUUUUCAUCGAUGCAGUAGAGUCGUGGUGUCACUACCUCUAUUGCCGAUCGCCACUGAUCCGCCGCUGUCACUAUCAUUUGAGCGAUCUACUUUUUUCUUUCCUCUCUCUCUCUCUCUCUUUACUUUUGAACAUCUAGAAGAGAAUUAAACAGAUCAGGAAGAGGAUCGCAACUUUUUUCUCUCUUCAAAUCCACUCCUACUGUUGUUAAUCCAUUGUAAUUCCAUAGCGGCGCCACCACCACGCAAAUCUGAUUUCACUAAUGAUGAAAUCAGCUGCAAGGUUCUCGUCGACGACAUGGAGAUCACUAUGCUGGACUUCUAUAAAAAUCUCCAAAGUCACGGAUUUGGAUCUAGAUUUAGAUCCAGAUCCAGAUUUAGAUUUUUUGAGAAGUCGUCCUUCGUCUGUCGUUCAUCGCUUCAACAACAAUGACAAAAUCACCAUACGAAGGUUCUUGAGAUCGAACAGAAGGUUCUUUUUCCGUCUCACCACCGCAACAUCGCAGCUUCGAGAAAGUCUAUUAGCAGCGUCGCAAUCCAAUGCCACCAAGUUUUCAGCAACAAUUUGGACAUUGGAAAUGCCACGUAAGCGAGCUGUUGGUUCGAUUGACGACGAAAUUGUGAGGAGCAACCGCGUUGGCAUGGUAGCAGAGAUUUCAUGAAUCUGAUAACAAUGGCAUGGAGCCUAGAAAUGUUGCCAAAAUCUCACUAGCCUCGAACUUGCAGAGAGCAAAAGGUUUAAAAUAAAUUUCUAUUGAAAUGAAAUAUGAAAUAUGUAUGUCCAGAAUUGAAAUUUCUAGGUCAAAUUAUGUGAAGGAAAGAUUUUGGAAUUACGAUGAAGCUGCAGUUGCCAUUGAUGUUGGUAAUUUCGACCUGUACGUGGGAUUUAAAAAAAUGGGAGAUUCAAAACAAAUAAGUAAAGACAUUUAGCAGCACUCUUCACAAAUAAUAAACCUUUCAUCAAUAAAAAGUGAACUUAUUGUCUAAUAAGUCCUAUGAGAAAAAAUUUGUCAUAAGAAAAUGUCAUUAAUUGUAAGUUUUAGUGACA